UCUAUCUAUGACAAAAUACUAGGUGGAAGAAUAAUUGCUGAUAGAAUUAUGAUUGUAAGAGUCUGUCAAGAUUUAUGUGGUAACCUAGCCCACAAAAGUCCAUGGGAGUUAAUCACUCAUGACCCAGGCAACUACAUAGAUGUGGUUAAAAAACAGUCUUUUGAGGCUGGGUACAUAGCUCACUGGCAUAGCAAGCACAAAACUUUAAAUCGAAUCCUCACCUCUACCCCUGAAAAACACCACCAUUGUCUUGUGAGAUGUUAAUGUACAGCAGGCGGUGGUGACUCACGCCUUGAGUUCCAGGACAGCCAGGGCUGCCACACAGGGAAACUCUGUUUUGAAGAAAAUGAGAAGAAAAAAAAGAUGUUAAUGUGCAUUAUUCAAAAUUAUUCAAGUAAAUCUAAAGCACAAAAGAAGAAAUCGGAGUUAUGCAAAGUCUCUCAGAAGGAAGAGCUCACAUAUCCCUGGGAGAAUUAGAGAAGACUUCAUAAAAGACACAUUAUUUAAGUUGGGUCUUGGCAUUCCCUCAGCAAUGGCUCAAGCAAGCACCCGUGCUUUUAAUUCUGCAAGGCUGAUUAAGAAGUAUGUGGUACAUUAGAAAAAGAAUGGAUGACCCUUGACAAGGUGGGGACAGUAAGGCCUUCUGUGCUGUUAGACCCUAAAUGAGCAAGCUUGUGUGGGUGGCAUGCAGCAAUUCAGUGAGGACCUUUGUGUCUCUUUUUUCUUUCCCCUACUUUAUAUUAAAAACUGAUGGAGGAGAAAGAAGAUAGGUUAGAGGGAGCAAGGAAGGUGAUUCUAACUGUUUGAACCGCAUAUUCUUAGCAGCUUGGAGGUGACAAAGCUGGAUAAAUAUGGCAGCAUUGCUCUUAGGUGUUAACAUGGGUAGGAGGACCACGGUGAGGUAGUCCAGGUGAGAUGUGAGGUGGAUUAGACUAGCAUACACCAAGAACAAUGCUGUUCAGUGAAGUAGGAAAAUAGUGUAAGAAAACUUUCAGUUAGAAUCCAGUAUACAUGCUGUGAAAAUUGGAAAUCAAACCUGACUCAAAUUUUGAACUAGAACUGGGAAGAUGACAUUGCCCCUGGAAAGUGACUGGCUUUAGAAGGGAAGGUGGGGUCUUAGUUCUUCGUGGUCUGCUGCAGUUUCCUUCCUUGCAGGGUUAUGAACAGGGGUGUGGUGGUAAGUGAUACAGUCCACAGGGCUCCACUGCAUGAUCUGAAUCUUGCCUCUGCCAUGGUGGUGGGUUCUACUCCGUGUCCUCAGCUCAUCUAUAAAAAGAAGUGUCCUUGUAGCUCAUUGAGCUGUAGUGAGGACUAAAUAUGCAUAAAGGACCAAGGUAAGAACAGUGGCUGGAUACUGUUUCUGUGACCAAGAUGCUGCUCAUAGUUUAGAGGACAAUAGUAUUUUCAUGGUGGUGGUGACAUCUUUAUACCUUGUUCCGUGAGCUGACUUAUCCAUUGGGCAGUAGAGUGGCUUGUGAAUAUAUGCGUGCGUGUGUUCGUUCGUGCGUGCGUGUGAUGUAUAUGUAUGUUUGUCCUCUGAAUUGUAUAAGGAGCAUGUUAGAAUGCUAUUGUCUGUUUUCUGUUUUAGUUUUAUCAUAUAGUCAAGUUGAUGUUUUUGGUGUGCAUUUGUAAAAAGAUACCUGACAGUUCCAUCAUUAAAACCUCCUUGUGACAUCUUUAGUCACACCUCUACCCACCUCUAAUUUUAGCAACUACUCAACUGAUUAUUCUGGCCACUGAUUAUGUUCUUUUGAAAAUAUAUAAGUGGUCUUAUAAAGUACAGUUUAUUACCUUUUAUUGUAGACUAAUGUCCCAUCAUGUAGGUGUGUCACCAUGAGUUUAUCUACUUAUCUCGAUCAUUUAGCUCGUUUCUAGGUAUUAGCUGUUGUGAGUAGAGCAGCCAUCAAAUUUUUUUAGCAGAUUCUUAAAUUAAGUUUUCCUUUCUUAAGGGAAGAUUACCAAGAGUCAGAUUGCCUGGUAAUACUGUAUGUUUAUAGAAAAGAAUUAUCAAAACCUAUUUUAGAACUGAACUAUCUUGUAUUCUCAGUAGUAAUAUUUAAAAGGUUCAGGCACUUCUUAUCUUUAUCAGCACUUGUAAUUUUUAGGAUAAUUUUUGUUAGCAUGCAGAUAAAUGUUUCAUUAUGACACCUUCAUUAUAUCAUUGUCUUGUUUUUAUUCACUUCACCUGGCCUCUCCUCUCCCCCCUCACUUUUCCCGCCCUCCUCACCCAAUACUUCCUUCAUGACACUUGCAUUCUCCCUUCUGCCUCCCUUCAGACCUCAUCAUCUGCUGUCAUGGAGCCCUUUCCACUGCACCCCCACCCCUACACACACACACACACACACACACACACACACACUCAUGUACUUGUGCAUACACACAUUUAAAUCUAGACUCCUCAUACGAGAGAAUACAUACUAUCUUUCUGAGCCUGUCUCAUUUCACUUAACGAUCUCUAAUUCAUCCAUAUUCUCGUGAGUAUAAUCAUUUCACUCUUGUUUGCAGCCAAAUAAAAUUCUGUUGCGUACAUGCACCACGUUUUCUUUAGCCUUUUAUUUGCUGAUGAGUGUGCAGGUGUGUCCAUGUCUUGGCUAUUGUCAAACGAUGUGGCCAUAACCCUGAAUGUGCCAGGAUCUCUAGGAUGCUGAUUUAGAACCCUUGAGUCACAAGUGUGAUGUAGCCGCAUCAUACAGCAGUUGUAGAGUUUUUUCCUGGGUUCCAGAGUGGCCAUACUCGUUUAUAUUUCCACACAUUGCCCACAUACGUCUUCACCAGCGCAGGUUUUCUUAUUAACGGUCAUUCUGACAGGUGAGGUGGACCUCAAAGCACUUUUACCUUGCCGUCUCCCUUUGGUCAAGAAGGAGUUUUGAACACUCUUCAUGUGUUUGUUGACCAUGUGUAUCUCUUCCCAAUGGUCACAUGUCAGUUCAGUCCGUCAGCCACUUUACUGAUUGUAUUACUAAGGUUUGGUAUUUAGUGUCUUUUUUAGAUUCCCUUAUCAGAUUACAGUUGGCAGAUUUUCUCCAAUUCUUUAGGCUGCCUCUUCAUUCUGUCAUUUCCUUUGUGUUACAGAAGCUGUUUAAUUUCGUGCAACCUCAGCUGUUGAUUCCUGGGAUUGCUUUCUGACUUUUCAGAAUGCUCAGAAUAAUAUCAACUAUUAUAUAUUUUUAUUUUAGCAAUUCUGAUAUGUGUGUGAUGGUAUUUUUCUCAUGGUUUAAAUGUAUUCCUCUAAUAGGAGUGAUGCUCAACAUCUUUUUGUGAGAUAUUUGCUAUCUUCACUGGUUCUUUCUUUAUUUGGGACACGUGUUUGUGAGGUGAUUCCCAGAUGUUUUUCAUGCUUAAGUGUGUUUUCUUAACUGUUUUGCUUUCAUAAUGCAAGGUUCACUUUUUGUUGUUGUCAUGCCCCAAACAUGCAUGUCCCCUGGGCGUUGAACAUGUAGGCAGGUGCUUGACCACUGAGCAACACUCCCCACCUACUAAGAACUUUUUUUUUAUCAUCUCAGAACCGUAACUUGAGAUUACCUAGUCAUGAAGCUUUUCUCAUAGGUUUUCUUCUGAAAGUUUUAUGGUUUUAAUUGUAAUUACACUUAUGUAGGCUGUCAUUCUCCCCCUGAGCCCUCCUCUUACAGCUUGAAGCUAUUGUCCAUGGGGAGUUUGUGUGUUCUACUCCAUGCUACUGACUCGUCAGUUAUUUAUGCCAGCAUGGCAUGGGCCAGAGUGAUUUCUCUAUGCUUGGGAUUAUGUAACCUGAUGCUGUUGCUGAAGCAAACUACAAUGACAACUGAAGGAAUCUUGAAGGGUGUCGAAAGUGUAGAGGCUACAUCUGUCUUCUGUCUUCUCACCCUUAAGGAAUAAAUGGGAUGUUUAAGAAGAGAGCUACAUAAAAAGAGAGUUGCAAAUGGCUUCAGAAUCUACCAAUGGGAAACAAGCUAGGAGUCAUGUGACAAAGGGGAGGCGGCAGCACCAGCAGCAGCUGGCAAGGAGCAGGUCCUCUGUCAGUGAGUGCGAUGGCGAUGACUCCUUCAUCUUCGAAGCCAAUGAAGCGUGGAAAGACUUCCACAGCUCUCUCCUUCGGUUCUAUGAAAAUGGGGAACUCUGCGACGUCACACUAAAGGUUGGCUCAAAGCUAAUCCCCUGUCACAAACUGGUGCUGGCUUGUGUGAUCCCCUACUUCAGAGCCAUGUUUCUUUCUGAAAUGGCUGAAGCCAAGCAGGCACUGAUUGAGAUCCGAGACUUUGAUGGGGAUGCUAUGGAGGACUUGGUAAAGUUCGUGUACUCCUCUCGGCUCACUUUGACAGUGGACAACGUCCAGCCUCUCCUGUACGCAGCAUGUAUCCUGCAGGUUGAACUGGUGGCCAGAGCUUGUUGUGAAUACAUGAAGUUACAUUUUCAUCCCUCCAACUGCCUGGCAGUACGAGCCUUUGCGGAGAGUCACAACAGAAUAGACCUAAUGGACAUGGCGGACCAAUAUGCCUGCGAACACUUUACUGAAGUGGUGGAAUGUGAAGACUUCGUGAGUGUGUCACCCCAGCAUCUCCACAAGCUCCUGUCCUCCAGUGACCUCAAUAUUGACAGUGAAAAGCAGGUCUACAGUGCUGCUAUCAAGUGGCUUCUUGCCAACCCCCAGCAUCAUUCUAAAUGGCUGGAUGAGACCCUUGCGCAGGUUCGUCUGCCAUUAUUGCCAGUUGAUUUUCUUAUGGGUGUUGUGGCAAAAGAACAGAUUGUCAAGCAAAAUCUAAAAUGUAGAGAUCUAUUGGAUGAAGCAAGGAACUAUCACCUUCAUUUGAGCAGCAAGCCCAUCCCUGACUUUGAGUACACGGUCCGGACUACCCCAAGGAAGCAUACAGCUGGUGUGCUGUUCUGUGUAGGUGGCCGAGGUGGAUCUGGCGACCCCUUCCGCAGUAUUGAAUGCUAUUCUAUCAACAAAAACAGUUGGUUCUUUGGGCCAGAAAUGAAUAGUCGAAGGCGACAUGUAGGUGUGAUCUCUGUGGAAGGUAAAGUGUAUGCAGUGGGUGGACAUGAUGGGAAUGAACACUUAGGUAGCAUGGAGAUGUUUGAUCCUCUCACUAAUAAGUGGAUGAUGAAGGCAUCAAUGAAUACCAAGAGGCGAGGAAUUGCUUUGGCCUCCUUAGGGGGCCCAAUAUAUGCAAUUGGAGGGUUAGAUGACAAUACUUGCUUCAGUGAUGUGGAGAGAUACGACAUUGAAUCUGACCAGUGGAGUACAGUGGCACCAAUGAACACUCCCCGUGGAGGGGUUGGCUCUGUGGCUUUAGUGAACCAUGUUUAUGCAGUGGGCGGCAAUGACGGAGUGGCCUCCUUGUCCAGUGUGGAAAGGUAUCAUCCCCAUCUGGAUAAGUGGAUAGAAGUCAAGGAAAUGGGUCAACGAAGAGCAGGCAAUGGAGUUAGUGAACUCCACGGCUGCUUGUAUGUUGUCGGUGGUUUUGAUGAUAACUCCCCUUUGAGCUCCGUUGAACGAUAUGACCCUCGAAGCAACAAGUGGGAUUAUGUGGCAGCACUUACCACUCCCAGAGGUGGAGUAGGGAUCGCAACAGUGAUGGGCAAAAUCUUUGCAGUUGGUGGUCAUAACGGCAAUGCAUACCUCAACACUGUGGAAGCAUUUGAUCCAGUGCUGAAUAAGUGGGAGCUGGUUGGACCUGUGUCUCACUGCAGAGCUGGUGCCGGUGUAGCCGUGUGUGACUGUUUAACCAGCCAGAUCCGAGAUGUAGGUCAUGGGUCCACUAAUGUGGUUGACUGCAUGUGACUUAAGUCCCAGCAGCAACAAUGCAACCACUGCUGACGGGUGGGAAGACAGCCGGCACUUUGAUUGAUUGUGAUUACCACUGCUGGCGGGUGGGAAGACAGCCGGCACUUUGAUUGUGAUUACCACUGCUGGCGGGUGGGAAGACAGCCGGCACUUUGAGUGUGAUUACCACUGCUGGCGGGUGGGAAGACAGCCGGCACUUUGAGUGUGAUUACCACAGCUGACGGGUGGGAAGACAGCCGGCACUUUGAUUGAUUGUGAUUACCACUGCUGGCCUGUUGAAUGUUAGCUGUUGGGUUGUAAGCUCACCUUGUGGACCGAUAGCUAGGGAACUGUUAGUCAUAGCGCUAAGUGUGUGUGGCACUUCCUGCUCUAGAAAUAAUAAAGUAGGCAGGAAGUAGUCUAUCUCUGAACCCGUUCUUGUUCUGAAAAAGUUUCAUGUAGUGCCAAACCUCAAAAUAGCUGUUUAUUUUGAUGAAUAAAAUGUAAUUUAUUGAAUUUUAUCUGUUCUUUUUCCUGAAGCUAGGACUUCAGGCUGUAGAUUUUUCCCAGGAGGGAUAAGUCCUCUCAUCACCAUGGGGACUUGAGGCCUGUUCCCUUAGGAUCACUUUACAUGGUGCUGAUGAAUUAGGUUUGCCUUUUGUCUCUAGACGAUGACUUUCAGUUCUCGAGUAUUUAUGAAGUGGGAAAAUGUGUGUUUCUGAGGCAUUCUUGAAACCUGUCAGUGUCUGAAAAAAUCCCUUCGUUUCCAUUUGGAGUUUUAGAACUACAGAAGGCAACCGUGCUGGCCCUGCAAGUGAGGUGGCUGACAGGGCUGCUGCUUUUCCUUUUCUCCUCAUCGUAGUAACGGCUUUAGAUUAGUCUAGUGCCUGAUGGAGAGACUUCGAAAAGGGAUUGUGUGAACUCGAGACCACCUAGCGAAGGAAAUCUAAAGGUCCCUUUAUCUUUGUUCUUCAGCUUAGUUGUUGGAUUUUGGUCCCAGGACCCAUUUUCUUCUUGUUAUUUGUCACUGUCUUGGUUUUUCUAAUUGUACAAAGCUGGAUUUAUUUAUUAUUAGGAAAUGAAUGCAUUUUUACAAAAGCCCUUUAUGCAGUAUAACUUGAUUAUUAGUUUAAGUUUGUCAAUAAAAUACGUUGUUGGUAAAAACAGAAAA